GUCCCGGUUUUAGUGGGUCAAAGUGCUGGAAAGUAGCAAGUAAGCGCACCAUUAUAGCCCUAUGUGGCGUACCGUUAUACCUGUCUCGCGACUCUCCCUCCGCCUAGCGGUUGAGUGCACCACCCUGGACCGUUAUACGCACCUAAUCCCGUCACUUCACUCGCUUUUGGAUUUUGUUUCCCGUCCAGUCCCUUUUCAUUCUAUUUAAAUUCACUUUUCCAUUGUUUUUUAGUUUUCAACUUGAUAGCUUGUUUCACCGUCUCUCGCCUUUGGGUAGCAUUUUAAAACCUGUGCCUGGGAAAAUAACGUUACCUGGUUGUUUUUGCGGACUGCGGUAUUUUUCCAUCAAUAUGGAAUAUAGAUUGAUGUUCUGAAAUGAGUGAAUAUGUGUAUAAGGUUUAUUUCUUCAAUGCUCUUUCGAGAAAAAUAACUGUUUCUGUCGCUUUUCUCUUUGUCGCAACGUAGCAGGUAGCGCGAGCCAUGACAAGACACUGUUGCUACAUUAAGGGCUCGGGCUUUAGGAAAUGUUUUUACUGUGGAAAUUGUGCUGGUCUGCUGCUUCAUAUUAUAUUAAAAUGCAUGCUGUUAUGUUUAUGUAGGCUAAACAUCUAUUUUCUCACUACUUUUAUUUGUAAAAGAUGUGUAGGCGUGAUGCACGCGUUUUCACAAUUGACAAUGGCAAGUGUGCAUUACAAAUAAUUCGAAAAGUUAUUGCUAAGAUAAGUAGAAAUAUGCAGAACAAGGUAAAGUAGCUAUAAUUAAUAAACAUAAAUGCAAAUGAACUUCGAACGAAAAACGUUGUUUCUGUAGCAUGCAUUGUUGGGUAACGUUUCAGAGAAUGGGAUGAAUAUAUCAAGCGCUGUUUGUGUGAACAAGGCACAGCCUAUAUAAACAAGGCACAGCCUAUAUAAGGAGUGUGGGUUUACAUCCACAGUCCUGCGCUGGGAAUUUUGAUUUUACACACUCAAGGUUUGGUGGCGUGGGAGCGAAACUUGAAGUUGGAGCCAAUCUGUUCAUCCAGAGUUUUUAUACUUAAAUAAUUGUUAUUUUGUUUUUGUUUGUGCUUUUGUGUGUGUGGUUAAAAGGCUGCAUUGUAGAGUUGUCCGGGUAGCCAGUGCGUUUCUCGGAAUAUUUUAUUUUCUUUCUCGCCAGUAAUUUAAUCAAUUUAAUAGUGGAAGGCUUUUAUCGGGAAAUCAUGUUAAACUCUAUUUGACUUGCAAAGAUCAUGAUCUUCGGGUUGCUUGUCUUUGCCUUGUGCAUUUUAUUAGUCUCGUGUGUUCUCAUUUUAUUUAGUUAAGGGACUUGUGACUUUUGUUUCAACAUCGGAGGUGGUAGUUUUUCACACAUAGGAAUAAUGUUUGUGUUGUAGGCUGUUUGGAGGCAUGUGGGUUUUUCUCCUGUAGGCUAGCUGACAACAUGCGUAGUCUACUUACAGCCUCGUGAGAACAGUCACCAGCACAGCAUCGCAAGUGGUCGAGCCACCCAGCACAGCUUGCAGGAACUGAGAACAUGUUUACCUGAACCGGAAAACGGGUCUUUGGUCUUUGUAAACACCCCUCUGUCAAAACAUAAAAACAAACCAGGAGUCUGAUUUCGGGGGACUGAAUACGCUGUUAGAUUCCCGUGAGACGAUUCCUUCUCUAUCUUCCCUUUCCAAAGCAGCGGAGAGCGGUCCCUGUGCCGUGCGCCGCAACAAAUGGCAACUUGUGCAGUAACCAACUACAGUAAUGUGGUGAAGGCCCCAGGCUCAGAUUCAGAUGAUGAGGACAAGCUGCACAUCGUGGAGGAGGACGGGAGUCUGGCAGACGGGGCUGACUGUGACAGCAACGUACCCAGUGAAGAUCACAACGGAGACCGCUGGGAUGAAGUGAGGGAGGAGUGUGGUUCUGAUGGGGAGGAUGACGGCAGUACAGAUGCUCUGGUGGAGGAGAUACUGCAGCAGGGAGACACGACCAUCAUCUACCCAGAAGCCCCUGAGGACGAGCCCCGUCAGGGGACGCCUGAGGCCAGCGGACAUGACGAGAAUGGCACUCCGGAUGCGUUCUCACAGCUCCUCACCUGUCCCUACUGUGCCCGCGGCUACAAGCGCUACACGUCCCUGAAGGAGCACAUCAAGCUGCGCCACGAGAAGAGCGAGGACAACUUCAGCUGCUCCCAGUGCAGCUACACCUUCGCCUACCGCACUCAGCUGGAGAGACACAUGAGUGCCCACAAAGCUGGCAGAGACCAGAGGCACAUGACACAGUCGGGGGGCAACCGGAAAUUCAAGUGCACUGAAUGCGAAAAAGCAUUUAAGUACAAGCACCACCUGAAAGAGCACCUACGCAUCCACAGCGGAGAGAAGCCAUACGAGUGCUCCAACUGUAAGAAGCGGUUCUCCCACUCCGGCUCCUACAGCUCCCACAUCAGCAGUAAGAAGUGCAUCGGCGUGAUCUCAGCAGUCAACGGCCGACCCCUGCCCGCAAAGGCCUCCCAAUGCCCAUCUCCAGCCAUGCCCGCCUCGCCUUCCUCCACCACACGCACCCAGAUCCGAGACAAACCCUUGCAGGAACAACUACCCCUCAACCAGAUCAAGAGCGAGCCAAUGGACUACGAGUACAAGCCCAUGGUAGUGUCUCCAGCAGCGGGGGCAACAGGAGUGAACGGUCACGGAGGAGGGGUGUUCAACGGGGGUGCGGCUGUUCCCCUGCAGGGCGCGGUGCAGGCGGUGAUGCACCCCACCAUGGGCCUGGUCUCUCCGAUCAGCAUCAACCUGGCAGACCUACAGAACGUCUUGAAGGUGGCGGUGGACAGUAACAUGAUCAGACAGAUGUUGGAGAACAACGCUAAGUCAGCGGGGACUGGCAUGGGGGCGACGGGUGUUCCUCACCAGCAGCUCAUCUCAGCCAUCAGUCUGCCGAUUAUGGGUCAGGACGGCAACGCCACCAAGAUCAUCAUCAACUACAGCCUGGACCCCAGCCAGACACACACCCAGCUCAUUGCCCAGAACCUGAAAAAGGAGCCCCCAACCCUGGCUGCAACACCAGGCCAGGCCCAGGCUGCCACAGAGCCCUCCAGCAAGACCCAGCAAAAACUCCCAGAGGACCUGACAGUUAGCAGGCCCCCCAGGAGCAAAGAGGAGAAGAUUGAAGAGGAGACUACUAAGACCUGCCUGCUUUGUAACGAGUGCCCCGAUGGUCUGGACGCUCUCCACACACUCAAGCACUGUAAGAAAGCCUCAGGCCUCAGGAUCAAUGGGGACAAAUCAAAGUCUGCCAUCGAUUCAUUAUUGUCUGAGGGGUUCGGGGACCAGCCCAAGAACCUUCUGUCCCUCCUCAAGGCCUACUUCGCCUUAAACGUUGAGCCCACAAAGGAGGAGCUCAGCAAGAUCUCCGACUCGGUCAGCCUGCCUGCCGACGUAGUCAAGAAGUGGUUUGACAAGAUGCAGAGCGGUCAGGUCUCACUAGGGGCCCCGACCCCUCCGUCUGAGGAAGAAGGGCCCUUGUCUGAUUGUCAUGGGGCCAUUGUUGUGUCCCCUAAAGUAAGAUCAGAGCAGGACACAGAGAGCCCCACCCUGAUGCAGUCCAGCCCAGCUGAGGCCACUCCGGCUGAGGUUAACGGCUCUGGGCCCUGCCCAGCCUCCCCUACACCACUAAACCUGACCACCGGGGGGCCCGUCCCAGCCAAACCCUCCUCCCCAGACAGCACGGAGGUCCCCCUGGACCUGUCGCUACCAAAGCCCACCCGAGAAGAGACCGCUGCCACCGCGGCCUCCUACCAAGCCACUGUUUACUCCCAUCAGGACGAACCCCUGAACUUGACGAAGACUUGCACAACCAAGAAAGAACGUCCGCUCUCUGCCAGCGCCGCAGGCCACCACGUGACUAGCCAAACCUUGUCCUUGUACACCGCCGGCCCACAAAGUGCCAACCCCAUCAGCAUCAUGACCACUCAGCUGCCCAGUGGGACCAUCUAUGCCAUCACUGAUCAGGGCAGCACGGGUGUGCCCUGCCUCCGUGCGCUCACCACCAAUAACAACCAGACUAUCCUCAUCCCGCAGUUGGCCUACACCUAUACCACUACAGCUACAGCCAGCAGCCCUGCAGGGACAGAGACACAGGAGAAGACCACACUGCAGAUCAACGGCAUCAAGGAGGAGCGUCAGGACACAAGCUCAGAGGGAGUGUCUACCAUGGAGGAGCAUAAUGACUCAGACACCACCCCUUCCAGGAAGAAGAUGAGGAAGACGGAGAGUGGGAUGUACGCCUGCGACCUGUGUGACAAGAUCUUCCAGAAGAGCAGCUCUCUGCUCCGACAUAAAUACGAACACACAGGCAAGAGACCCCACGAGUGUGGCAUCUGCAGGAAGGCCUUCAAACACAAGCACCACUUGAUAGAACACAUGCGUCUCCACUCCGGAGAGAAACCCUACCAGUGCGACAAGUGUGGCAAGCGCUUCUCUCACUCAGGCUCUUACUCCCAGCACAUGAACCACCGCUACUCCUAUUGCAAGAAGGAGGCGCAGGGGGGAGGUCAGGGAGGUGUAGGGGAGGAAGUGCUGGAGAUUGAGAGCCCCGUGGGGUUGGGCCUGGGAGAGGAGCAGCAGGAGCAGUCAGACAGCAGGCCCACCUCCUCCCCUCCCUCCCACCUGGACUCUGACGAGCGAGGGAGCAGCACCAGGGAGGAUGAGGAGGAGAGUGAUGAGGACAUGGAGACAGUGGCAGGGGAGGCGGUGGAGGGAGAUCCGGACAGCGUUCUGGAUAUGGAUGAUAUACAAGUGGUGCGGAUAGGAGAUGAGGGAGGGGACGAGGAGGAGGAGAGAGAGGAGGAGGGAGAAGACACUGGUCAGGAGGGGGGAGAGAAUGAAGAAGAGGAAGAGCAAGAAGUGAAGAGAAUAGUGGUAGGGGGUGAAGAGGAGGAAGGAGAAGAAGAGGAAGAGGAGGGGGUAGUGGGGGUUGAAGUAAAGGAAGAACAGGAAGAAAAGGAGGUUACAGGGGAAAAGGCACAAACAAGGCAAGAGGAGGUGAAGGAGAACGAGGAGGAACAUGGAGGAGAGAAGGAGCAGGCUGAGAAGGAGGUGGAGGAGGAGCAGUCAGAGCAGGCUCGGGAGGUGAAGGAGGAGACAAUGGACACAGAGGAAGCGGUGACCUCAGAGGAGAAGGAAGAAUCAGGGGAGGUCAUGACAGAGAAUGAAGUUGAAACAAACGGGAACACUGUUUCAGAAGACUAGAACCAAACACCGACCAGAGCGAAAGGAGGUACAAAAUAAAACAGGGAGGAAGCAGACCUGUAUUUCUUCCUCUAUGAAAUGGAAGGAUCCUUUUUCUCCCCAUGACGUUGGGGGAGAGGAAAGGGAUAACAUUUGGGUUGCUCUGACGGACGAUGCAUUUCAGUUCACUACUGUGUAUGAAUCCAGGUGUGCCUGAAAAAAAUACUAGUGACUUACUCCACAGAAGGAGAAACAAUUUUCAGUGUUGGAAAAUGUAUUUGUAAAAAUCAAAAUCAAGGUUUAAAGACAAAAAAUGCAUUAUACAGACUUUGUAAGCUAGAACCGACACGUUUUAGAUAAUGUUUUAUUACUAAAACAACCUUGGGUCAUUUCUUUUUAUCAGUGUUAUUAUUCAUAUUUUAACCUUUAAAAAGCUGUACAGUUGGGAGAGAUUUCUAUACCUUUUUAUUGCCAAUGAACAAAAAAAAUCAGUAUUUUAUUAAGUUGGAGGAAAAAAAGAUCCUGUGCACUACAAGUGGCUUGGUUUACUUAUGGCUCUAACAGUUAUGUGUUGUCUACCCUUCAGUAUUAUCGCACUAGACCUACAGUAUACAGCAUCAGCACGUUAGCUGAUAAUGUUAGCAUACCUUUUGUUUGUUUUACAUGGAUUGUGAGCCUUAAAGAUGAAAACUAUGGUGAGGUGAUGAAGUUCAGCCAUGAUGAUGUUCCAGUAGUUGAUUAUUACCUUAUAGAUGAAGAAGACGUCAAGGGGAGUAUGGAAGGAGGUACACAAGUCUGCAAUGACACAUUGUUCGAAAUGUUUUGUUAGUUCGUUUUGUUCAUUUAAUAAAUCUGUUCUCAUCAUUACUGAAUCAGAUCAAGCAGAAGAAUAAAGAAGAACAUUCAUGAUCUAGGCCUAGUAAGUAGAGAUCAUUUGACCCUUAAGCCCUGGACCCUAUUCCCACUCCCAGCCUUAUGCAAAAAAUAUAUAUAUUAAAAAAAUACACCAUGCAUAUCAAAAGUGCCAUUGCAUACUGCUGUUUCUCCUUAGCAGCUGUUGUCAGGUUGUUUCAAGGCCCAGAUUUGAUAGUAGCUCAAACAUGUCAACUCUAUGUUGAUAUACUGUUUUUGGCUCACUACCACUAGUCCUGAUGUUGUAGAAGAUAGCUUUACCAUGAAUUAUAAUUUAGACUGGAAUUAUAUAUUUGAGAUAAAAAUCUGCCUCUUUUAUAAUCAGAGCAAUCAACGGCAAAAAGGACUUGUAACGGGAUGAUGAAACAUGAUUUUGAAGUAUUUCCUGCCUUGAAAUGUAUCCUUUUCCCCAGUCCAGUCCCAGUGCACUUGUUUAACACUUGUGAAACUCUCUCUCUUCAGGUAACAAAAGUAGGCAAAUAUGAUACCAGAAUGGUUAUUCAGACAAUAUUUUUUACCUGCCAGUAUUAUUAUGUUGUUGAUGUUUUUUUGUAUAUGUUAAAUGUGUGUACUGUAUGUUUUCAGCAAUGUCGGUAUUAUUACCAUUCCCAAUGAUAUGGGUUAUCUGUUUAGUUAUAGAAAACUUUUGUAUUUAUGUGUCUUAUUUUUUUAUAUUUCUUUAUGGUUAUUUAUUACAGUGUAGUGUACAAUACUGUAGUUUGUAUUAACACAAUAAUAUAUUUUAGUAUGAAAAUAAUUUGAAAGGUAAAAUGACGACAACAAAGCUGGAACAUAAAAGAGUCUGGCAUUUUGAAGUAUGUUUCAGAACAAAAAUAAAAUGUACUGCUAUCUCAAGUUGUCAGCACACCCCACAAGCAGGAAAUUUGAACAUGUUGCCUGCCUUCCUGCAUCCAUUAAUUCUCAUGUUAGUUUUGACCUUUUGCCCACUUUAAUAUGAAGCUACUGAAACUCUUUGAGAACUAACUGUAUGUCUAAUAGCAUGAGUGUGCUGUUGUUUUGACAGAUGAUCCUUAACCAUGAAUCUGUCCUUUUUGCCAAGCCAAAAUAAUAUUGACCUUUUUUGUUUUAUUUGUGCCAAUUUGUUACUUUGUAUGUCUGCUACGUCAAGGCCACAGCCUCUUUUUAUAUGUCCCUGUUUUAAUCCACAAUCAUUUUUAUAGUGAUAGUUUUUGCUUUUGUUUUUUUAUGACUCCCCAUCUCACAAUAAAAUACAUCAAUGACA